CCUUUCUCUUGUUCACACAAUGAAGUUUUCAUCUUGAGUUUAUAGAUCUCCACCAUAAUUCCACUUUUUGAGAACAAAUCACAAAUGGGUCUUGAGAUUGCAGAUGAAUUCCGGCCAAUUACGUUGAUACGAACCAUGCCACAGCCGCCGCCACAGCCGCUUAGCCAGUCUUCCAUGAACCUUGGACGCAUCAAGUUCUCAGAUUUGAAUGUGGAGAGACCAGAAGUAUUGGUGAAUUUUGUAGAAGAAGAAGAAGAGUGUGAUCAGUGUUGCACACCAAAGUCAUCGUCACAGUUGAUGAAUAAUAAUAUUCUAAUCUGCCCGCCGGCUCCAAGGAAACCACGGCCGCCGGCAAAGCGAAGAAAUGGGCCACCGCCGAAGUUCUUCCAUGUACCAAACGAUCUGGCUUCCUUGUUUGUCCCAAUCUCAAAUAGUUCCAAGAAGAUUAGAGCAAGUUGAAUUUUUUUUUUUUUUUUUUU